AUGGAGCUAUCACCUCAUGGCGCUUUUACGGCACCAGGUCAUCUUCUGUGCGUCGAUGAGCUGGACAAACGACACGAAAUAGCAGUCCGGCUCGAGAGCUAUAUCAAGCGAGACGUGUUCGGAUUUCGUCUUCGCGCAGAAGAUGUUUCAACUAUUUUGACGGCAUCUAUCGAGCAUUUUGAGCCUGGCCAGGUGUUCUCAGUGCACCGUUUCGAACACAACGGCGUUACCUACUAUCCCACCUUGGCAUAUUAUAUGAAACGAGUUCUCGAUGGAAUUGCACCACUGUGCAAGCACUACCUAGUCCACCAGGGGAAAGAAAACGGCCUAGAUGGACAGUCUGAGACUCCAGGAUCUGAUAGCGAUUCGGGUCCUGAUGUGAGUUUUUCCUGGGACACGCCCGUUGUCGGGACUAAUCUCAAACUCGAUGAUCAUGUCCGCGACAGAGAAGAAGAAGCUAAGUACCUGGAUCGCGACGGCAAAACCUGUGUUGUGCUUGGCACAGCAAAUCCAAUGGUCAGCCACAUCAUUCCAUAUACCUGGAACGACACUAAGGAGCAUAACAACACGACUGGAGACAUCAAGGUUCGUGCUCGUGGCUUAUUCAGAACCAAUCUCUCCGGUGCGGCUCGUUACGUUUGCAAUCCGCAGGAGCUGGGGGGUACUAACAAAGUAUGGAACAUGAUGUGCCUACAUCCCGAGCUGCACAAGCUGUGGGCUAAGGGCUACUGCGCAUUCAAGUACAUCCGCACCGAGAACUCUAAUGAGAACGAAUCAAAAGUCACCUUGCAGUUCCGAUGCAUGCCACAAAUCAAGAAGCGUCUUGGUCAAGAGAUAGACAUCCAUGGCACCGGCCCAGGAAGUGACUGGCAGCAGUGGAUCGAAGAGCUCAAUGUGUUUCACAGUCAAGGUAGUCCACCGCCGACUCCCUGUCAAGAAGCACUUCGACAUCUCACCAAGUCCGGGGAUUCACUGCUCUCAGGACACCUUAUUCAUAUCAACAUGCCAACAGACGACACGAAAUGCUUCGCAGAGGUUAUAAACAUUCAGUGGGCAUGCAUCCUGUUCACUGCGCUAGUUUGCGCGACAGGCAAUCCAGAAUUGCUUUCGAUGAACUCAGGUGAUAAGGUUAAGCAGUGGAUUCAGAGCCAGGCGAGGUGGGCUCACGAACAUGGACAUGACUCUGACUGA